ACUCGCACUUUAAUCGAGAAAAUCGGGAAGCAGCAUGCGCGUUUCGGGGGCAACCUGUGAGUUUUCCGGACAUGUAAGCGCCCACCCACAACCGCCGCUCGAAAUGGAGAAACUGCAGCCGGGAGACGCGUGCCUUGAAUGUCAAAGUCUGGGCAAGGACCACAAGCUGCGUUUCUUCUAUAUUAAUCUAGAGGAGCAGCUCCUGAAAUGCGAGUCGCUGAGCUGUUUGUGGCCGCACAACGAUGAGAUCUCCUCGGAUGAGGAGCUGGAAGAGCUAAAAGCUGCUCCACCAUCGGAUCCCCUUAAAAUUCUUAAAUCUCCUUCCCGGUUAGUUCAUUCACCGGAUGUUGUUCCAUUGGCUGAACUUGAUCCAGACGAUGACGACGAAUUUAUACUGCAAUUGCUACAACAACUUACCCCCUCUACAGAUGCGGACUCAGUUGACUCCCCUUCUGAAUCCAAUAAAAAUCUGCACUCAAUGCCGAAUCUGUUAACUGAAGAGCCUCUAGAAAUUAAGCCCUGUCCAGAGCUGGAACUACCGGAUUUAAGUUUUUUAGAGGAACACAUUUCCGAACAUAAGGAAUCACCAAAAGCUGUGAUAGCAGAGAAGGAACUACCCCUACUGCCAGCAAAACUAAGAACUUCACCAAAAAUAAAAAAUCCACAAAGUCAGAGCUUAACAAUUAAGAAGGAGGUAGGGCUGCUGAAGAUUCCCCCAGCCUCCAUUUCCCUCAGAAAACCCAAAUUGUCAUCCUUCAAAACUCCUACAAAGUCCAUCUGCCAAGGCAAACAGGAAAUACCCUUAUUGCCCGCUAGUCUAAAGUCGUCUCCCAGCGUUAAACCCCAAGGAGAUCCAUUCAGCACUCCGCCCAGAAUAGCAUCAACUCAACCGCAAACACCGCCAGCGGCUGUCAACAUCAUUAUCAGUAUUCCGGAGUUAAAUCCCGCUAUGCCCUUCCUGGACGCCAUCAAGCGCCACUGCACAGAGGCAAAGCCGAUUACUCGUGGCAGACGUCCAAAGCGCUUGGCCAUAGAAUCCACCGGCAAAGGCAUUCGCGCCCAGACGGUGAGACACCUAAUCGAGAACCUGGAAACCACCACGGAUGCGAAACUCUCAUCACCUCGCUCAUAAUUAGAUGGAAUUUUGCCUUACUCAAGUAUUUGAAAUAAAUUUGCAAAUGAAAUUAUACAUGCAGCCACCGGACAAGAAUUCAAGUUCGUUUAUUUAUAAACAAUUCCGCUUUGUUUUUUUUUUUUUGCGACGCGAUUUGCGAAUUAUUAAUGCCUGGCACGCGUCUAGAGCAUGUUGAAGUGGCCCAAACAGAUAGCGCUGCGAACGAGAGGCCAUCCUAUCAGUAAAUGUGAACUUUGGAAAGGAGGUCGCGGCAACUGCGUCAUCCGGAGAGCGUUUUCAAGCUGGGAUUGUCAGCGGAGCUGAAUGCAAAUGAUAAGGGAAAUGGAGAUCAUCACAGCCCUAUCGCAAAAAAAUAUCAGCGGGAGGCAUACUAACUAAUCAGGCAUUACAUCGACCCUUCAUAACCAGUUCAUUGAACGUGGGAACGUGUGGGGUAAUAGCUUUCGUGCGUCCGGAGCACUUGAACCUGGUUGCCAACGGCCGGCGCAAAAUAUUUUUGCUGCGCAGUUUGCCUAUGUGGGCGGGGGCCGUCGGGCAGUGGGCCAAGUUUAUUGUUUGUUUGGCUAGCUAUAAAUACCCGACACCUAAAUCGGUUCUCCUAUCUUAUCUC